GCAGCAUAUCCGAAUCCCAGGCAGCGCAUCUGAAGCUCGAGGCAGCCCUGGGUCGAUUGCGUUGCAGUUCGUGCCCCCUCCCUUGUGAUUGCAAAGCUCACUGUUCCCGGCCUCCUGGCUCCCAAGGAAGCCUAGUCGCCCAAGGCAGGGGAGGUAAAGGAAGCCUGCAGGUUCACCCACAUCGCCUGCCACCUACAAUAUUUAGGGAUUCUCGGGAGCUGCUUCUUUUAGGGGUCAGGCCCUGCUACCUGUUCACCUAUCUAUCUAUCCCCAGCCAUGGCGAGUGAGAGCUCCCCUCUACUAGCUUACCGGCUCCUUGGGGAAGAAGGAGCUACAUUUCUGCCAUAUGGGAUGGGGGGUCCAGGAGGUGGGGCCCUCCAGAAACUCUCCACCUUCCUUGGUGUUGUAGUGCCUACUGUCCUCUCCAUGUUCAGCAUUGUGGUCUUCAUGAGGAUAGGGUUUGUAGUUGGCCAUGCUGGGUUGCUCCAAGCUUUGGCCAUGCUGCUGAUUGCCUACUUCAUCCUGGUGUUGACUGUCCUCUCGGUUUGUGCCAUCGCCACCAAUGGAGCUGUUCGUGGGGGUGGAGCCUACUUCAUGAUCAGCAGGACAUUGGGUCCUGAGUUUGGGGGAAGCAUUGGGCUUAUGUUCUUCCUGGCCAACGUCUGUGGCUGUGCUGUCUCUGUCCUGGGACUGGUGGAAGCAAUACUGGAUGUCUUUGGGGCUGAUGCAUCAGGGCCAGCAGGCAUACGAACACUUCCCCAAGGCUAUGGCUGGAAUCUGCUGUAUGGGACCAUAGUGUUGGGCCUGGUGGGUGGAGUCUGUACUUUGGGAGCUGGCCUCUAUGCACAGGCCUCCUUCCUCACAUUCCUGUUGGUUUCUGCCUCCCUGGCCUUGGUCCUGAUCAGCUUUGUGGCUGUGGGGCCCCGAGAUGUCACUCUUCCUCUCAGGCCAAGCACCAAUGGUUCCUCCAUGAAUCCCAAUGUGGGGCACUUCACUGGCUUCAACAGCAGCACCCUGAAGGCCAACUUAGGUGCGGGCUAUGCCCAGGACUACACCACCGGGGUUACCAUGACCUUUGCUAGUGUGUUUGCUGUCCUCUUCAAUGGCUGCACAGGCAUCAUGGCUGGGGCCAACAUGUCAGGGGAGCUGAAGGACCCAAGCCGAGCCAUCCCUCUGGGCACCAUUAUUGCUGUGGCUUAUACAUUCUUCAUCUACACUCUGCUGUUCUUUUUCUCCAGCUUUACCUGUGACAGAACAUUACUACAAGAAGACUAUGGCUUCUUCCGAGGCAUCAGCCUGUGGCCUCCAAUGGUGCUAAUUGGGGUGUAUGCUGCAUCACUCUCAGCCUCCAUGAGCUCACUCAUUGGUGCCUCACGCAUUCUCCAUGCCCUGGCACAAGAUGACCUUUUUGGACUAAUUCUGGCUCCAGCAAAAGUUGUGUCCCAGGGCGGCAAUCCAUGGGGAGCUGUGUUGUACUCUUGGUGUCUAGUGCAGGUGAUGCUCCUGGUUGGGAAGCUCAAUACCCUGGCAGCUGUGGUCACAGUGUUCUACCUGGUAGCCUAUGCUGCAGUGGACCUUUCAUGCCUGAGCCUUGAGUGGGCAUCAGCCCCUAACUUCCGCCCUACUUUCAACCUGUUUUCCUGGCAUACCUGCUUGUUGGGCAUGGCCUCUUGCCUGCUCAUGAUGUUCCUCAUCAGCCCAGGAGCUGCAGGGGGAUCUCUGCUGCUCAUGGGGCUGCUUUCUGCCCUGCUUACUGCCCGAGGAGGACCUAGCAGCUGGGGCUAUGUCAGUCAAGCCCUACUGUUCCACCAGGUCCGAAAGUACCUGUUGCGGCUCGACGUGCGGAAAGACCAUGUGAAGUUCUGGCGACCCCAGCUGCUGCUGUUGGUGGGAAACCCCCGAGGGGCGCUCCCCCUGCUACGGCUGGCCAAUCAGCUCAAAAAGGGGGGCCUCUAUGUGCUGGGCCACGUCAGCUUGGGAGACCUUGAUUCUCUGCCUUUGGACCCUGUGCAGCCCCAGUAUGGAGCGUGGCUGAGUCUUGUAGAUCGUGCUCAAGUGAAGGCUUUUGUGGACCUAACACUUUCACAGACGGUGCGCCAAGGGGCCCAGCACCUGCUGCGUAUUUCUGGGCUUGGUGGCAUGAAGCCCAACACAUUGGUCCUAGGAUUCUAUGAUGAUGCACCACCUCAGGACCACUUCCUAACAGACCCAGCCUUCUUAGAGCCAGUGGAGGGAGGGGGCCCUGCCCUGGACUCCUUGUUCCCACCACCACGAGCCCCUGGAAGUCCUCGGGCACUCACUCCCCAUGACUAUGUGGCCACAGUGGUAGAUGCCCUGAAGAUGAAUAAGAAUGUUGUGCUGGCUCGAGGGUGUGGUGCAUUGCCACCUGAAAGGCUGAGCCGGAGCUCUGGGAGUUCCUCCCAGUCUCACCACAUGGAUGUGUGGCCCCUUAACUUGUUGCGGCCCAAAGGGAGCCCUGGUUAUGUGGAUGUCUGUGGCCUCUUCCUCUUGCAGAUGGCAACUAUCCUGAGCAUGGUCCCUGCGUGGCAAAGUGCCAAACUCCGAAUCUUCCUGUGUAUGGGACCUCAGGAAGCUCCUGGAACUGGUGAGGAAAGACUUAGGGUACUGCUGAGUCAGCUUCGGAUCCGGGCGGAAGUUCAGGAGGUGGCCUGGAGUGAAGGAGCCAGAAUAGAUGAGGAAGAAGAUGAGGAAAAUUUUGUGAAUGGGAACCGUGGAGAUGCUGAGGUUGAUGCAUUAGCCAUUAGCGCCAAUGCCCUGGUUCGGGCACAGCAAGCCAAUGGCAAGGCUGAGGGUCCAGGAGGGCCUGAAGGAGAUCCUAGGAGAGAGGGGCCAAGUACAGCCCUGACCUUCCUCUACCUGCCCCGGCCACCUGCUGACCCUGCUCGCUACCCCCGCUACCUAGCUCUGUUGGAGAUGCUGAGCCAGGGCCUGGGUCCAACAUUACUCAUCCAUGGAGUCACUCCAGUCACCUGCACUGAUAUUUGACUUUCCUCAUCUUCCUUGGAACUGAGAAGGGAAUGAUUAGGUUUACUUGCCCAUCUCAAUCAUGUGGUCUCUGAGAUUCAAAAAAGAAUUUAAUUUGGGUUUGUCCCCUAGGGCUAAAAUCCCAGUAAGGAAAUAAAUGGAUCAUUUUUAAGGGGCUUAACUUCUGUCUCCAGUGUGGGAAGGGCCCCCUUUAAAUUAUGAAUGUGUGUAAAAGGGGACAUAGUUUCCCCACUUCAAACCCACUUUCCUUUCACUUCACUGGUGCCUUGUUAGGAGGGGCAGGUUCUCCUCACCUUGGGCUUCUCUUCUUUAGCCUACCUCACCCUGAUUAUUUCUGACACUCACUAGCCUCCCAAGGCUUUUUAUAUUUUAAACUUUCGUGCUUACCAUGAAUAAAAGACCAACACCUUA